AUGCUAGACUUCCUCAAACGCACCCUACGCAAAUCUCGCGCAAACGUGUACGGUCUAGACCAUGCGGUCCUCAACAUACAGCUCCCACAGCAGAGUAUGUGGAUGAAUAUGGGCUACUGGGAGUAUACAAAUGACUUCCCAGAAGCCUGCCAAGCGCUUCUAGACCAGGUUCUCACAGCUGCGCUAACAGCGGAGAAGGCAUCUGCCGUGAGCAUCGUGGAUGUCGGGUGUGGGUGUGGUGAUCAGUCGUUAUACAUGACGAAGUUUUUCAAUUGCUCUUCUUCUACAGCCCAGUCCGAUCCUGAAUCUGGGACUAGGACAGCAAUCUCUGCCCCUAUCUCCAGUACCCAGUCAGACAUCCAAGCAUCAGAGUCAGGCCUGCGGUCUCGCCAUAGCAAGACCAAGCCGCAAUCCCCCUCUCAGCUACGCCUAGAUUCCUAUAUCGGCAUCACGCUGGAACCAGCACAGGCCGCGCUCGGCUCAAGUCGUAUCCACGAUAUGCAGCGAAAGAGCGAAAGCUCUAUCCAGGCAGAUAUCUUCUGCGCAGACGCCGCAGUACCCAGCUCCUGGACUGGGGAGUUGAAGAAAUCAAUCACGGCGCUUGAGGAUGCGUCCGGUAACCAAAAUGAAAAUGACAAUGAAUACACGUCUACAUGGCUCCUGGCCCUAGACACAUUAUAUCACUUCCGCCCCUCGCGUCUCCCUCUCCUGAGCUAUGCGCACGACAACCUCAAUGCCUCUUUCAUGGCUUUUGACUUGAUACUAUCUGACAGUAUAACCUGGUACGAAAGUAUCCUCCUCCGGUUGGUGUGCUGGGGCACGAACUCGCCGUUUGGGAAUUUUGUUUGCGAGAAGGAAUAUGUGGAGCUACUUGUUACGGCUGGGUAUAAUCCUGCUUCUAUUCAGAUCCGGGAUAUCUCGCAGCACACUUUUGGGGGGUUGGCGGGUUUUAUUAAGCGCAGGGUUGAGGACGCGAGGCCGUAUGGGGUCAAGCUGGGGAAGUUCCGUGCGGCGAGUUUUGUUUUUGCGUGGUGGGCUAAGAGGAGGGUUGUUAGGGGUGUUGUUGUUGUUGCGAGGAGGUAA